CUCCCAGCAGAUACAGAAACUGGAUGAAAAGGGAGUCAACUGGGCAGAUCUGAAAGGAGUCGACUGCUGCUCUUGCAGGCCAAGUCAGCUGUGAAUUGUUAUGUUAGUAACUGUAGCAAGAGGACUACCUAAGAAAAAGUGGUUCUAGCAGCUGCUAAGGUGCCUGUGGAAGGCCAGGAUGAAUGAAGAAUCCAAGAUGAGACUGUCCAUUCCAGUUCUAAGAGGCAAACUUCAGGACCAAACGGAAGUCCCUCAUGGAAAAGAGACAACCAAGCAGAAAGAUGGACAUCCCACCAGAAAAACAUCUGAAACCACAGAGACUCUAUUCAUCACUUCUGCAGAGCAAAAGUUGUGGGAACAGCUUCUGGGACACCUCUCUCCAUCUUUUUGGGAAGUUAAGAUUUCAAGAGCACCCCAAAGAGACUUGCCAGCUCUCUCUUUUACAGGCUCCCCAGAGGCAGUUUUGAGAGCCAAAGAAACCAUCAGCCAUUUGCUCAUUUUGGUAGGCUCACAGGUUAAAGUCAACCUGAUGGAUGUUCCACAACUCAAAGUUGUCGGAUUUUUCCAACUCCACAAGGGAUUCCAUCUUUUCCUAUGGGAAGGAGAAGCUUCUCAUAUCAGAGUGGAUGCUGUAGUGAGGAUCGGGACCAGUGGUGGUCUGGGCUAUGGAAAUACUGUGCUUGCUCAGAGGGUGUGGAGCCCAGAAGGGGCUCUUUAUACUAAUUUGGACAUUCACUUUUCAGACCCACCAACAGUAGAACUAGCAGCUGGGAUGGUGAAACUGGCCUUGGAGGCCGCCUUCCGAAAAGGGUUCCAGUCUGUAGUUAUAUCUUACUCAGGCAGUACCAUCUCUACAUCUGAAGCUGAGGUGAUAGUUGUAGGAAUGGAAGCCUUUAGGAAAAACCAUCCUGUAGCCCCCUUGAAAAGCAUUCAUGUGGUCUUUGGAGAUGGAAAGGCCACUACAGUAUUCUACAAGGAGUGUCAGAAGCACUGGUGUUCUGGAAAGAAUGACUUAGAGAAGUUUAAAAACAUGCUAUUGUCUUUAGAAUCCACCAGGAUUGACGUAGUGACCAGUCCACAUAUAAAGAAAAAAGCAGAUGUGGUGGUUCUCCCCCUGGUGCUGGAUUCAGAUGGGCUGGACUGGGGCUCAGGAGCCCGUGCCAUCACACAGAAGGCUCUGGAGGCAAUCCCACAUGCUGCUGACUUGUGUCCAGGGGACAUUCUUUUGGUGUCAGGUUCAGCCUUUCCAGAGUUUGGCUGUAGAGAGACAUACCUGGUAAGGCUUGAUGACUCACAGAAGCAGCAGCCUGAAGAAGCCCGUAAGCAGGCUAUUCGAAACAUGGUCUGGAGCUGUCUCAGUACCUUCUACGGGUCCUUCCUGAAAUCCAUUGUGUUUCCCAUCCUCCAGCCAACAGAUGUAGGUCAAGCUGUGAAGUGGGAAUGGCUCCUUAUCUUGCUGGAGGAAAUUAAUCAGUUCUUGAAAAGUUUUCCCAACACUUGGAUGAAGCUGGUGCAAAUCGUUCCCCUUCCAGGAUGGACUCUGCCUUGCCUGGUAGAAGAUUCUCUCUCUUUUGCUGUAGAGCCAAUAGGUUUAUGUCAUAUGGAGGACCCAAUUUUUCUCCAGUACCUAGAUGAGAACCCAAGUGCCUUUAAUGAAUUUCAAGUGCAACUGAAGAGGGCUGGUUAUGACAUCCAAAUAGACUUACAUUGGAGACUGUUGAUGUUCCAGGCCAUGAAUCAGUCUGUGCAGCUGCUUGACUUAGGAAAAGCCUUUCAGUUUGUGCGGGAAAAGUAUGUACUGCAUUGUGAGAGACGUGAAGAAAUUCUAGAAGUCCUGCGUGAUCAACAGAGCCUUAUGAAGAGAUUCAAAUCCAUCAGGAUCUACAUCCUGGACAGAAUGUGGCUUGUAGGCCUGUUUGAUGAGGUCAGCUCUUUCUUACAAUGCCUUGCCUACGAGGCCUCUCAGAGGCAACUGGUAAGCUCAGAGUGCUCGGCUGAACCACUGCCCCGCUAUACUAUUGUCAAAGAUGUUGUGCUUCAGGAGAUACUCCCAUCCAAUCCUUUGAUAAAGCUUGAGAUUAUUGCUAAAACUCCAGCCACUAUCAGAUUCUGGGGACGCCGUCAGAGUGUCAGGGAAGCAGAAAGGCGUCUUAUGGAGCUCAUCAACAGCUUCCAGAUUCUACCAGUCCCUCUGUCCUAUUUCCAGUUACAGUUUGUCAAGGUACAGUGGGACAAACUGUUCUACAACAACUUCUUCUUAGAGAGGAAGAUCCCAGUUGUUUUAGAGCUCUCUCAAGUUAUCCAGAUUUCUGGCCUAGACUUGGGUAAAAUGAGUGCAGCCAAAGAGAUCCUUAUGAAGCAAGUGUGUGAAAGGACGGUGGAGAUUGCAGAGGACUUGAAGUGGGCUACUGAGUGCACAGAGUGGAAGGAGUUGCUGCAAAGGUUGGGGACCCAUAAGGAAAUAGCCAUUCAUCAUGUUGCACCUGGUUGGGUGAUUGUGGUUGGCCUCUGUCCUCCGGUCAUUCAAGCAGAAGAAUCUAUUAAGGAAUAUUUGAGAGAUAAUUCCCCAAUGGAAGAAAGAGUGAGUCUUGCUAGACCAGAAUUAGCUUUAGCUGGGAAGAAUCUGCUUUAUAUAAUGGACUGGGAACAUCUCAACAUGAAUGUUGUACUCCAGCUGAACAGUCAGCCUUUAGUGCUGCAGGUGAGAGGUCUUCAAAAACAUGUGAGAGAAGCCAUGCCAACCAUUAAGAGGGUCUUAGAUUCUUUGGUGCUUGAUAAAGUGCCUCUAAAGAAGAGGAUUCUUAGUGAAUACUUCUCUGGAGUUGGAGCAAGUCUGCUAAAGAACAUGGCUUGGCAGUUGAGCUGCAUUGUUGGGAUGAAGAGUCAAGAGUUUUACUGUUGGAAUAGUACAAUGAAUAAUGAGGAUCCCAUGAAAGAGAGUUUUGCUACAGGCUGCACAGGAACAAUAUAUGUAAUGGGCAAAUGGAACCAUGUGAACUGUUUGAAGCAAAAUGUGGCUGGCUUCAUUGCAAAGUUCUCUAAAAAAUCCAUCUGUCAUAAAGCAAUAGCGACUUUCAAAAAUGUCAACAGUGGUGAAUUCCUUAAGAAUGUAUUGCAUGAGUUUCCCAUAGAUAUCCGUUGGUUGCAGGAUGAUGAACUCCAGAUUUGUGGCUUCCAAGAAGAUGUGGGGAAUGUUCUGGAAGCUGUUCAUAGAAAGAUUGAAGAAUACCAGUCUGAAAUGAUUGAAGUCAAAGCUCAGUAUGAGUCAGUCCCUUGCAUUGUUGUAAAAGAAAGUUUGUUCCAAGAGAGAUUUCCAGCAAACUCUUUUGUAAGCAUAAAAGUGCUGGCUGAAGAUCCAACAACUAUCAUAUUUAGAGGUCCCCGUCAGAAGUUGGUAGAACUGAAGAGGCAGUUUGAGGAGCUCCUUAGUGGUUUCCAAUUUUUACCAGUCCCUCUCUCCAAACUCCAGUUUCAGUUUGUCAUGGCACAAUGGGGCAAGCUCUUUCACAACAGCUUUUUUUUGGAGAGGAGCCUCCCAGCCAUUUUGGACAUCUCUGAAAUUGUCCAAGUCAGUGGCUUAGACUUGGGUGAAAUAAAAGAAGCAAAAAAGAUCCUUAUGGAACAGGUGUGUGAGAAGACAGUGGAGAUUGCAGAUCAGUUGCAAUGGGUCACUAAGUGUAAAGAGUGGGGACAGUUGUUAAACAGAUUAAAGUCUCAUAAGGACGUUGUUGUUCAUUACACUCCAUCCAAUCAGGUGACACUGGUUGGUCUCUGUUCUCGGACUGCUGAGGUAGAAGAAUGUAUUCAGGAGUACUUAUCUCUUAAUUCCCCAAUGAAGGACACUAUGAUAUUUACUAAACCAGAACUAGUAUUAGCUGGGGAGAGUCUUCUUCAUAUUAUGGAUUGGGAACACCUCAGUGUGAGCAUCAAAUUUAAGCCAAGCAGUCAGAUGUUGUCAUUGCAAGUGAAAGGUCUCCGGAAAUUUGUGCAGGAAGCCAUCCCAAUUAUUAAGGAAGAUUUGGAUUCUCUGAUGUUUGGUAUAAUACCUCUGAAGAAGAAAGUACUACACGUCUACUUCUCUGAGGGUGGGGCAGAUUUGCUGAAGAAAAUGGCAAAAACACAGAAUUGUAUUGUAAGAAUGCAAAUCAAGGAGAGCCAUAGCUCUAGCAAUGGGAUCACCAAUCGUAAUGAAAAUGUGCUGCAAGGUUUAGCUGAGGACCACAGGGCUGUGGUCCAUGUAGUUGGCAAAGAAAGAAAUGUGACUUCACUCAAGCAGCAUUUGUCUGGGUUCAUUGCUAAAUUCCACAAAAAAACCAUCUGUAGUGCAGAGAUAUCAGCAUUAAGUGAUGAAAACCUUAAAGCACUUUGUGAAGAUACCUCACAUCAAUAUCCGGUUGUCUUUCAUCUCCUAAGAGGGAAUGUGGUUCAGGUUUGUGGUUCUCAAGAAGAUGUUGAAAAUGUUAUCGGGAAGAUUUACAUAAAGUUAGAGGAAGCUCUCUUUACAAAGAUCGAAAAAGCCCAAGCUGAACAAAUAGAUUCCAAGCUUCUGUAUGAAACUGUCCGUUGGUAUCAUAAGACAGAUGCUGGAUGGUCUACCUUUGACAUAAUAACCAAUCACAAUCUGGAGCUGGCUUAUGGCGAGAAGAAAAUGUCAGCACUAGUGCUAUGGGAUGGAGCAAAAGUUAAGAUCAACUUUCUGAAGUGUGAAGCCACCAUGCCAGGCAACAAAAAAAUCAGGAUAAAGAGAGAGAUCUGCUUAUGGGACAAGAAUAUUGCUCCCUACUGGGAAGCUAUGGAUGGACGUUUAGUCAAGAAAGUGGAACUGCAGCCAAGUUCAGAGGAAUAUCAGGAUGUUGUAAAGAAUUUCUAUAAGACAGCUGGGAACUACAGAAUUGUCAAAGUGGAGAGGAUCCAAAACCGGUAUCUGUGGGUUUCUUAUUGCUGGAAACAAAGCUGGAUGGAGAAGAGGAAUCCAGAAAGGACACAGAAUGAACUCAUUCUCUAUCAUGGGACACAGCCAGAGAAUCACUCUUCUAUUUGUGAGAUUGGCUUCAAGAAUGCUUUCCGGAAGGAAGGUGUAUUUGGACAAGGCAUUUAUUUUUCCAUGACUGCUGACCUUUCUGUGUCCUAUGCCAGACCAGAUCUUCGAGGGCUCCAAUACAUUUUUCAAGCACGGGUUCUGACUGGGGAGUAUGUUUUAGGGAAUCAAAGUAUGGUGUUGCCUCCAGUGAAGCAAGGGGGAAAAAGCCGGUAUGAUAGUUUAGUGAAUGUUCUUGAGAAGCCAAACAUUUUUGUGAUAUUCUUUGAUGAUCAUGCAUACCCUGAAUACUUGAUCACCUUCUGUGGCCCAACACAGUUCUGAGGGAAGAGAAACAAUAUAAGUGGAAUACAAGUGGAAUCAAAUAGAUUCUAUGUCGUGAAGAAAAUGGAUUCCAGGCGGGAACUGGGCAGGAUUUCUUCAGGGUGUAUAUAGUGUAUUGGUUGGGGCGAGGGAGGUUUGGGGGAGGGAUAAUGAAACAUGCAAUUCAGUUUCAGGUGAGGCCAUAUCAUCUGGAAUUGGUUUGUGGGGCAUCCUCAUGUCAGGACAAAGAGGCUGUAUGAAUGUAUAAAUGAAUUGUACAGUUCCUAACAAAUCCUCCUAAACCCAACCCAGUUUACAUGUGUAAUACAGCUUUGCAAUUCUCAGCCUCCAAAAAUAUUAAGUGCAAUUUUGGUCACAGGCCACCUAUCCUUGUUUGUUUUGUCCAUCUUUCUAAAAUCACC